UUUGACUGUUGUUUGAUGCUUCUCAACCCUUUGGCCUCGGCUGUCAGCUCACCUCAAGCUCAAAAAAAAUUGAAAUUAUUUUUUUUUUCUGGGAAAUUUCAUUUGUUUAUUUCAAUAUGCUUCUUGUUGGGUAUUCUAUAUGAGUCCUUAGCUUUCAAAAACCUUGUAGAAGAAACCCGGGGUUACAUAGGAGAAAUGAAUGAACCUAAAAUCAAGCGUCGUAUGGGUAAAUAUGAAGUGGGAAGAACUAUUGGGGAAGGGACAUUUGCGAAGGUGAAGUUUGCUAGGAAUUCUGAGACUGGGGCACCAGUGGCACUUAAAAUUCUUGAUAAAGAGAAGGUUCUCAAGCAUAAAAUGGCUGAACAGAUCAAGCGGGAAAUAGCUACAAUGAAGCUGAUAAAGCAUCCGAAUGUUGUUCGUUUACAUGAGGUGAUGGGAAGCAAGACAAAGAUAUUCAUUGUGUUGGAGUUCGCCACCGGGGGAGAGCUGUUUGAUAAAAUUGUAAAUCAUGGUCGGAUGAUCGAAAACGAGGCCCGGAGAUACUUUCAGCAGCUCAUCAAUGCUGUUGAUUAUUGCCAUAGCAGGGGUGUCUACCAUAGGGACCUUAAGCCUGAAAAUUUGCUUUUGGAUGCUUACGGUAAUCUCAAAGUUUCAGAUUUCGGGUUGAGUGCAGUGUCUCAGCAAGUCAGGGAUGACGGUCUCUUCCACACUACCUGCGGAACACCGAAUUACGUCGCACCCGAGGUCCUUAAUGAUAGAGGCUAUGAUGGUGCAAUGGCGGACCUUUGGUCAUGUGGCGUCAUACUCUUUGUCUUGCUCGCCGGAUACUUGCCUUUCGAUGAUUCUAAUCUUAUGAACCUAUAUAAGAAGAUUUGGGCAGCUGAAUUCACUUGCCCCCCUUGGCUAUCAUUCAGUGCAAUGAAAUUGAUAACUCGGAUCUUGGAUCCGAACCCCAUGACUCGCAUUACCAUUCCGGAAAUUUUGCAGGAUGAAUGGUUUAAGAAAGGUUAUAAACCUCCCAAAUUCGAGGAAAAAGACGAUGUCAACUUAGAUGAUGUCGAAGCUGUUUUCAAGGAUUCCGAAGUGCACCACGUGAUGGAAAAGAGAGAAGAAGAACAACCAACAACUAUGAACGCUUUCGACUUAAUCUCUAUGUCGAAAGGGUUAAACCUUGGGAAUCUGUUCGAUGCAGAACAGGGAUUCAAGAGGGAAACGAGGUUUACGUCUAAAUGUCCGGCUGAUGAGAUCAUCCAUAUGAUUGAAGCUGCCGCAAAGCCUCUCGGCUUCGAUGUCCACAAGAAAAACUACAAGAUGAGACUCGAGAACUCAAAGGCCGGGAGGAAAGGAAACCUUAACGUGGCAACGGAGAUAUUUCAAGUGGCACCUUCUUUACAUAUGGUUGAGCUGCGGAAAUCAAAGGGGGACACUCUCGAAUUUCAUAAGUUCUAUAAAAACCUUUCAACAUAUCUUGAGGAUGUUGUCUGGAAAAAUGAGGAGGACAUGGAAGAAACAAAGUAAAUCAAUCCCAACUCUAAUGACUUUGAUCUUUUUGCUCAUGCUUUUUGUCGUGCCCCAUGUUUCCCGACUGUUACACAGCCAUGGAUCUUCCAAUUGUUUUCUUUGAUAUUAGAGUUGGAAAGCUUGGAUAGGGGGUGUACAAUUCGAUUUUA